GAGGAUGUAGACAGGCCAGUGCGCGCUGACUCUGAAGCGCUUCCUAGUAGGGAACGUUCUGCCUCUGUAACAGUGUGAGUGUGAGAGCGAGAGGAACCGUGCUCCUCGCAGUGUAGUUCGGGCUCGCAGUCAGUGCUCUAAUUGAUUGGCAAAGCAUGGGAUUCUGACUAUCUAGAGGCCUAACGGAGUUUGGACAUGGUAACAUUGUUUUCUACGGCCCUUUGCCUCAGUAAUUGGCCGUACUUUCCAAUUUAGAGAGAUUCCGUCUGGUUGGACAAGUAUGCAUGUGGAGUUAUCAGGAUCAAAUAUGAAGAAUGACUUAUUUUGGUUGGAACUUCGAUGUGGUUUGUGUGUUAAUUCAUAAUUGGAGGGUUAUCGCGUUUUUGUCAUUCAGGACUAACUGCAUAUAGACAGAAUGACAGUGAGCGAAUACAAAAAAGAUGAUUCUAUGAAAGUUUCCGAUUUCAUUAUUGCUUUUUACAAGAAAUGAAAUCUUAGCCCUAAAAAAGAGAAUUUUUGCAACAUUAAAAGGGAAUCUGUAUCACUUCUUUUGUCUCAGACACGAUUUGGGAAAAGUUUUGCGAUUUUCCGUCCUUUCAUUAAUUUGCAAGUGACAAAACGUCAGCUAAUGUAUCACUAUAAUUACAAUUUAAAAUGUGUAAUUUGAAUCAAUCAUGUCUGAAAGAUAAUCGAUUCUAAUAACAGUGAAAAACCAUUUUUAUAACCAUUCAAAUCUUAUAUGUCACCUUAAUCUCCAUCAGCUAAAAAGGGCGACCAAACCAUCGAAUAAUACAUUUUAGCAUUUAUCCCUUUAUCCGAGUGCUUAUUACCUCUGAAACGAUAUAUUCUCUCCCUUGGGAGAGAAGGCUUCAUAUAUUUUUUACACACUGUAACCAAAUGCGAUACAUAUGUGAAUUCCCAGGGUGAUCUCGCUUUCAUGUAUGGUCAGCGAGUGGAUCACUACAAACAAACACGGACGCACUCCACGAACCAUUCACUCUCUUGAAACGUUACUCCCUUCUCGGAAACUAAACAGUGAUUGUUACAAAGCUGUGCGCUCCCCGGAGAAGUGGCAGUCUUUAUGUGUGACUAAAUAGUAUUGCAGGCACUGAUCCACUGCGACAGCGUACCUACACAGGUGAAUCGCCGACCAAUGGCAAUUCAGCUUGAAUGAGCUUUAAACUAACUGAGUAUUAAAUCAGAGAGGCUGCAAUGAUUGUCCACAUUAGACGGAGAAGCAUCACCACAAUGUGUGGGAUAGGUCCCCGUUCCGUUGGAUGAAGGCAGUGCACAGGGGCGAGUAAUCAGGCGUCAUGGGACUUUACUCUUCUCGCCCUUAAGGGAACACCGUGUUUUGUGUCAACAUUACGCCGAGUGAGCAGAAUGUUUCGAUUAGCCGUGAUAAUUCUGUAAGUGGACAUUGACCGACUCGGAUGUGUCUAGCAGGUGGGAUAUGUGUUAAACAGCAUAGAUAUGGAUUAUUGGAGACAAUUGGUUGCUUGUCACUCUUUUUUUAAAGGAGGUGUUUGAAGAACGGAUUUCUAUGGAAUUGGUCUUAAUAUUCAAUGUGAUUAAUGUGUUCCAUUGUGGUGUAACGUUGGUAGUCAUUCUGAAGAGAUCAACGUAGUGUUUUAAAGGACAGUGUUAUGAUACCUGGUGUGGGGUCGCAGUCGGAACCCAAAGACGCUGUUUUUGUAAACGGGAUGAAUAUGACCCAGUAGUUUGUUCCUGAGAGUUGUUGAAGUACUGGAUACAGUAAGUCAUGACGUUGCUGUUGAUGCUCCUGUUGGUCGGGGCUGCGGGUUCUGAUCCACAAUCCAUCAAUGUCGCUGUCAUCAUUCCACAGAAAGGUGACCAGCCGUUUUCGCAUCACAAAGUGUCUCCGGUUUUGGAACUUGCUAAAGUCACCUUACAAAACAAAAACGUGCUUGUCGACGUGAACAUAUCCAUGUAUUACGGAGACUCAAAGUGUACCUCCAAGGAUGCUCCUAUAGAAGCCUUUAAUUUCUAUAUGAAGUCUCAGGUGAACGUGUUUCUGGGGCCGGUGUGCGACUAUAGCUUGGCACCCGUGGCCCGCUACGCCCCCUUCUGGAACCUCCCGGUCAUCACGCCCGGGGGCUUCGCUCAUGACUUUGGGGUGGAGAAAAGGUCGGAGUACCCGACUCUAACCCGUACCGGUGUCACCUUCAACUCCCUCGCCCUGUCGACACUGUCCAUGAUCGCUGGUUACAACUGGAAGAGGAUCAAGGUCAUUUACGAAACGAGUGGACACUCGGACACUGCUCCGAAGUUCUGUUUUUUGGCUGCAUCGGCGUUUGUGUUUUAUAGCAAAGCUAAACGAUUGGAUAACGAUUUCCACAUUUACCUGCCCAGGAUCCACAACAUCGAGUCACUGUUGAGAGAUGAGAUCGGCAAUGAAUUUGCAGUUAUCGUGCUGUGUGCAUCACCUGAGUCGGUCAGAAACAUCAUGAUAAAAGCUCAUGAACUCAACUUUGACAACGGAGAAUACGUCUUCUUCAACAUCGAUCUCUUCUCUAGCAAGAACCAGAGUGCCCGCCCCUGGUACCGUGAAGACGACUCGGAGGAGAGGAAUGCGAAGGCGAGGAAGGCGUUUGAAGCGGUCAUGACGGUGACACUACGGAAACCAGACAGUCCUGAGUAUCACAACUUCUCCGAGGAGGUGAAAAGAAGAGCGAGCCUAAUGUACAAGAAUUUCACAUAUGGGGAGGAAGAGGUGAACAGUUUUGUUGGUGCAUUCCAUGACGCGGUGAUCCUGUAUGCUCUGGCCCUGAACGAGACACUCGAGGCUAACGGCUCUAUCUCUGACGGUGUGGCCAUCACACGGCGCAUGUGGAACAGGACAUUUGAAGGUAUCACCGGCACAGUCAGCAUCGACGACAACGGCGACAGGAACGCAGACUACUCCCUGCUUGACCUCAACCCCAAAACUGACCGCUUUGAGGUUGUAGCCAACUAUUAUGGAAGCAAGAAACGGUAUGAGCCAGUUCCGGGCCGAUCCAUUCACUGGGCAGGGGGUAGACUCACGCCCCCACCUGACACCCCUGAGUGUGGCUUCGACGGGUCCAAGUGUCCCCCUGAAGAACCCUUCCCUGAGUACGGCAUCGUCAUCAUCGUGCUCGGCUCCAUCCUCCUCAUCGUUCUGGUCGCCGUCUUCUUCAUCUACAGGCACAUCCGGUUAGAAGCGGAACUUGCUGAAAUGAACUGGAGAGUGAGGUGGGAGGACAUCUUGUUUGGCUCUCCGGAGAAGAACCGGAAGCUCGAGCGCCAAGGAAGUCGUUUGAGUAUAAACAGGAAAUAUUCCUACGCCAGUUCGUGUUCUGUUGAUACUAUCGCCGUCCAUCUGAGUGACGUUGGCUGCCGACAACUCUUCACCAAAACUGGAUAUUACAAGGGAGCGAUUAUUGCGGUGAAGCUGGUGGAAAGAACGAGUAUUGGCAUCAGCAAGCCCCUCCUUCUGGAGAUCAAGAGGAUCAAGGAUUUACAGAAUGACCACAUUGUCAGAUUUGUUGGGAUAUGCAUUGACGUGCCGAACCAAUGCAUCCUAUCAGAGUACUGCCCAAAAGGGAGUCUGCAGGACGUUCUGGAGAAUGACGAGAUCAAGUUGGACUGGAUGUUCCGCUACUCCAUUAUGCAGGACAUAGUCAGGGGCCUCGCCUACCUCCACAGUAGUGAGGUCAAGAGUCACGGCAACCUGAAGAGUACCAACUGCGUGGUGGACAGCAGGUUCGUGGUCAAGGUCACCGACUUUGGCCUCCACUAUUUCCGCCAUGUCGAGGUGGCCGAAGAGGACAACAAAUACCAGUUUUAUAACAGUAAGCUGUGGACGGCCCCCGAGCUUCUGCGCAUGAUGUGUCGGCCACCGGAAGGCAGUCAGAAGGCGGAUGUGUACAGCUUUGCUAUCAUCUGUCAAGAGAUCGUAUACAGAAGUGGGGUUUUCCAUCUCCGAGGCUUGGAUCUCUCACCACAAGAGAUUCAUGAUAAGGUGAAGAAGGGUAGUCGCCCCUUGUUCCGACCCACACUGGAGGAUUAUGACUGUCCUUGUGACGAGCUUGCUGACGUCAUCCGGCGAUGUUGGGCAGACGACCCUGCGGAGAGGCCUGACGUCACGGCGCUGAAGUCAAUCAUCAGGAAACUCAACAGGGAUGGAGACAAGGGCAACAUCCUUGACAACCUGCUGUCCCGCAUGGAGCAGUACGCCAACAACCUGGAAGCUCUGGUGGAGGAGAGGACGGCCGACUACCUGGAGCAGAAGAAGAAGGCGGAGGACCUGCUGUACAUGAUGCUGCCCAAGUCAGUGGCGGGCCAGCUGAUCAGGGGGGAGGUGGUCAAGGCGGAAAACUACGAUGAAGUGACCAUCUACUUCAGCGACAUCUGUGGUUUCACGGCGUUGUCAUCGGAGAGCACGCCGAUGCAGGUGAUAGACUUGCUGAAUGAUCUCUAUACAACGUUUGAUUCAAUCAUCGAACACUUCGAUGUCUAUAAAGUGGAGACGAUAGGCGAUGCCUAUAUGGUGGUGUCUGGGUUGCCUGGGAGAAACGGGAAACUGCACGCGCGGGAAAUAGCCCGGAUGUCCCUGUCUUUACUGAAUGCUGUCUUGUCUUUCAAAAUCCGCCAUCGGCCGCAACAGCAACUUAAACUGCGGAUUGGAAUCCAUUCAGGGUCUGUGUGUGCGGGGGUGGUGGGGCAGAAGAUGCCGAGGUACUGUCUGUUUGGGGAUACCGUCAACACAGCGUCCAGGAUGGAGUCGAAUGGUCUACCCUUACGGAUACACGUGAGUCCACAGACGAAAGAAGUGCUUGACCGGUUCCAAACAUUUGACCUUGAACUUCGUGGUGCUGUUGAAAUGAAGGGCAAGGGGAGCGUGACGACGUACUGGCUUCAAGGGGAGAGGGAAGCAGUGACAACUUGAGUGUGCCAAGACACAGCCAUGACGUCAUCCUCUUUGCAUAUUCUAUCACGUGGUAUAUGGACAUCGUGGUGCAUGCGCCAGAACUGGAUGAUCCCUGAUUUGCUGAAGACUAUUCGGUGCUGACUCGGCAUCGACUAUUUCCAUGCCAUGACAAAUGUAUAUUUGUAUUUUAUUUAUGUCAACGUUGUAAUCAAUCCCUUUUGUACAGCAUGUAGUUCGAUCAACAAGUGAUUUCUGCAGCAACGCUUCACUGUAUAUAUUCAAAAUGACGUUAACGUAUGUCUUUGUUGGACGCUACUCGCUACUCGGGUAUGUUCGCAUCAUUCCGCCCUGCUCCGAGUUACAACAUUCGUAACCACUCGGCCCUUUCCGUAACCUGCUGUAAUGACACGAAUGGGCAGGAAAUCAUGGUUGUUGAAAGGAUUGAAGCUGUGAAACCUGAUGGUCAUCAAGCCUGAUGAGAUUUUGGGACACCUUGUAAAGCAGACUGUAUCAUGACGACAGGGUGAACGCAAGGGUAUUGGACGGCUUAUGGACGGGUGUUGUGCAUGGUGUUUAGCCCAAACCAUGUUUUAGAAGCCAAUUUAUUAUGCACCAAAUUCCACUCAAGUGAAUGGUCAAGGCACUACAUUUAGUUUACUCCGGUCUAUGGAUCAGUGUGCACUCCAUCCUUAUUCUCAGCUUCCUGGGGAGUAUACAACCCAAACUGUGACGAUAGGAGGUUAAGAGUACCAUCUCAUACUACCGGGUAUCCAUUCACAAUGCGCGAGGCCCAUUUCUGAUGUCCUCCGCUGUGAUACUGCUGGAAUAAUGAUAAAAGCGAUGUGACUCUCAAUCCACUCAUGCAAGGAUAGUUUGUAAUUGUGUACGAUACCAAGGCCAACACAUACUUGUGUUUCAGGUAACAUGGCCACCAAAGAUCUGGGCAGGUACCUGUGUGUGUUUGGGAGGGGAAGGUGUGUGUACUAUACCAAGGCCAACACAUACUUGUGUUUCAGGUUACAUGGCCACCAAAGAUCUGGGCAGGUACCCGUGUGUGUUUGGGAGGGGAAGGUGUGUGUGUACGAUACCAGGGCCAACACAUACUUGUGUUUCAGGUAACAUGGCCACCAAAGAUCUGGGUCGGUACCUGUGUGUGUGUAUUUGGGAGGGGAAGGUGUGUGUGUACGAUAACAAGGCUCACACAUACUUGUGUUUCAGGUAACAUGGCCACCAUAGAUCUGGGUCGGUACACGUGUGUGUUUGGGAGGGGGGUGUUUGUGUGUUUGGGAUGGUAAGGGGUGUGUGUGUGUUUUGAUACCGUUUUACACGAAUGACUUUGCAGUUGCAGUUUAAGACACUGUCGAGAAAGAGAAGGUAUUCACCUUGGAUGUGACAAAUUAUUACAAACGUUAUCAAGACUUUACUAGGCUGGAAAAAGUCGCCGAUACUCUGCAAACUAAAGGCCUAAAACACAAUGUUUCUACCUGUAUAAAAUACAUCACCAUGGAAUAACCAUUCCUUGUUUGUUCCAUGUUUACCCACUAUGAAACAUAGAUGUAUAAGUUGUUUGCCCGGCAGUUUCUGAGAAACCAUCUAAUUUUUAUUCCGAAUGUGACCGAUAGUUUUCAGGACGGAUUUCAAGGUGUGAUAAAACAAACAGCAUUUGGACAGUAAGAGGUUGGUCGGAGUACCUGAAACACAAUUUUGUUUUUGUCUAACCAGCAGCAACUCAAAUACAUCGUCUCAAGUUACGUUUGUUGUAACAGGAUGGGGUAGGUUGUCUCCCCUGAGUGGUUUACUGUUGUAACUGGAGGGGGUGAAUUAUCUCCCCUAAAUUGUGUACUGUUGUAACUGGAGGGGGCGAGUUAUCUCCCCUGAGUGGUGUAUUAUUGUAACUGGAGGGGGCGAGUUAUCUCCCCUGAGUGGUGUACUGUUGUAACUGGAGGGGGCGAGUUAUCUCCCCUGAGUGGUGUACUGUUGUAACUGGAGUGAGUGAGUUAUCUCCCCUGAGUGGUGUAUUAUUGUAACUGUAGGGGGCGAGUUAUCUCCCCUGAGUGGUGUACUGUUGUAACUGGAGGGGGCGAGUUAUCUCCCCUGAGUGGUGUAUUAUUGUAACUGGAGGGGGCGAGUUAUCUCCCCUGAGUGGUGUACUGUUGUAACUGGAGGGGGCGAGUUAUCUCCCCUGAGUGGUGUACUGUUGUAACUGGAGGGGGCGAGUUAUCUCCCCUGAGUGGUGUACUGUUGUAACUGGAGUGAGUGAGUUAUCUCCCCUGAGUGGUGUAUUAUUGUAACUGUAGGGGGCGAGUUAUCUCCCCUGAGUGGUGUACUGUUGUAACUGGAGGGGGCGAGUUAUCUCCCCUGAGUGGUGUACUAUGGAAAUCCCUCGCAUGUGUCACAGUCACCUAUGUUAAGCCAAUGGCGUUUAAAAGAACCCAGUGUGUAAAAACGUGGCGCUUAUCCGAAUCACAAAUGCAAAACCUAUGAUGUUGCAAAACCUCACCUUUGUUACCUUCAUGGCGGAUUCAGAUCAAAUGAUGGUAAUAACGUCAUGUUAACGCCUUUGAAAGUAUUUCGGCGUUAUGACGAAUCACUUUUGAAGUAAAUGGCGUUAUAACAAAGUCUCAACGGCAUGUUAGGUGUUAUUUGUAAUUAUGAAUUACACAUAUUUAUGUUAUCAUCAAUAACAUGUAUUUCUAUUGAUUAUAUGGAUGUGUGCUUUGACCUUUUGCUGUUUUUAACAAAUCCAUGCAACGAUAUUUGGUUUUGGGGAGGGCUUAAUUGCGGUAAGACCAAUACAAUGCCUUAACAGGAUGUUCUACAUUUCGUUAAUUUGUACAUUGUCGCUUCCCUUCUGUCCGAUGUGCACUAAUUUCCACCAUAUGUUUCCUACUUCAAUAUUUGGUGGUGUGCACUAAUUUCCACAAUAUAUUUCCUAUUUCAAUAUUUGUUUUAUGUGCACAAAUGUUUUUAUUUUGAAACUUGCCUUACUCUAUUGAUGACGCAACUCUUCCCGAUUCAGUCACAAGUCCUCUGUCUUAGAGCUCAGCCAAUUAGAGUUCCACGAAUGUAACACACGUGUAUUAAGUGAUCAUUGUCAUUUCGUUGUCCGGGGAUCUACAGCGACAGAGGCCUACUGUCAAAAUACCCCUCAUGGUGGCGCUCGGUAUUGAGGGGCUAAAUAUAUACACUAGUCAGUAGUGUGUCAGAGUAUAGUAUUCAUGUUAAACUGUGGCAUGGUAUCUCAGUGGGCUCGCACUAUAAACUCGGCAUUAGUCCGGACUAGUACAAGCAGCCGCACACGCACACCCCUACGCACGCACACACACACGCACGCACGCACGCACGCACGCACGAACACACGUGCAUGCACGUCGCUAUAUAAGUGCAAUAAUCUUGAGUGCGAUGUUAAACCCUUUGUCACCUCACCUCACCUCAAUACUCAAUGACAUAACACUAUGAUGUUUGGAGCUGAUUGGCGUUUGUGUGUCUAACCAUUUCUUGUUUAUUUAAAUAAUCUGGGAGGGGGUUGUCAGUGUGGGUUUUUUUUAAAAUAAUUUUUAUAAAUAAAGAUAAUUUGUUCUACACAAAAUGAUUUGUCCUCGGGUUGAACUAAACGACCAAAUUAAUUGUUUGCAGCAUGCUGAAUGAGGAGAAACACACACACACACACACACACACACACACACACACACACACACACACACACACACACACACACACACACAUAUCCCGGCACAUCCGUUGAUACAGACACUGCCGGGACUAAAUGCUUGAUGUGUUGAUUAGUGCUACCAUCUUUUAUUGUACAUAAAGACUCGACUGUACGUGUGCAGUAUGCAUUCCGCUGCUGGUGUUUGAAACAUAAAUAUAUUACUGCA